AUCUUCAUCACAGGUGUCAAAUCUGUAACUCGCACACCUCUGUUGUCUUCAUAUUGUUAUCGUUGUUCAAAGACAAGCUGAAGUAGCUUGAACUUCUGAACCGGAAACUUGCUUCUGGAGAGCCGUGGGUCAAACUCUUGAACUAGUGGAGACUGGAUAGUUCAUCUGUUCUUCAGGCCUAAAAGCAGAGAAGAUGUCCUUCCUCCUGCAGCAGAUGUUGGGGGACAAACUGAAGAACAUGACAGGAGGAGGAACCACCGAUGGAGAGGAGAGCGAGGGCGGGAAGGAGUCGGCGGCGUCUAAAGGAAUGAGCAGAGAAGAGUUCGAGGAGUAUCAGAAACAACUGAUCGAGGAGAAAAUCACCAGGGACAAAGAGUUUGCAACAAAAAAAGCCGAGCGAGCAAACUUACGAGUGCUGAUGCGUGACAAAUACAGAAUACCACAGAGUGCUCAAGAUGAAGCCACCGUGCAGAUGGCCGGAGACGACCUGGACAUUCCCGAGGAGCUGGCAAAGAUGGUGGAUGAAGACGAGGAACAGGAAGAGAUGAACGAUUCUUUUCUGGGAAAACUCCAGAACAUGGACGUGGACUUUGAUUCGAUCAAAGCCAAAGCUCAGAGCACGAUGACGGAGGUGAAACAGGUGGCGGAAGAAAAAUGUGUCAUGAUGUGAUAAUUCGAUUAAAUAAACCAAAAAGUGUGGAAUAAAAAAAUAUAUAUAUAUUUUUAAUAAUAAAGGAAUAUUUUACUCAAAUGGAAAUUCCGUCCACAUUUCAUCACCUUUUACCUCUAGUAUGACUUAUUAAUAUUAUUCUGAACAACAUAUACUGUAUGCAAUGACACCAAGGUGACUGAAAAAUGACUGAAUUUUUAUUUUCGAGUAUACUGUCCCUUUAAGAGGGUUAUAGUGUACUGUCCCUUUAAGAGGGUUAUAUCGCAAUAUACUAUAGAGGUUACAAGGCUUUCUACAUGCUUCAGCCAAGCAGGAAUUUCUGGAUUAAUAUCUUGUAUCACAGGAAAAUAAACUAACAAACAUGAAUGUUGUCCAAACUGAGCUCUUAAAAUCUGACUGAACUAGAAUCAUGUCCUAACUGGACAAACCAUGUAAACCAAUGCAAAGCUGAAAAUCAAUAAGCAUCGGUGGACAUGUUCAAAUAAUGUUGCUUCAUCUGAAGUAGUUUGCACUAAUGAAACCCUUAAAAUUAGUGAAAAUACAAAUCAUUUAAAUAAUAUAUCAUUCUUUUUUCCACAUUUGCAUAACAAAUAUGCUUUAUUUUCAAUAAAAUAAUGGAAAAAUGCAAUGCAAAAAAUGUUUUUUCUAUUUUUGUUUCUUCUAAGUGUUAUUUGAAGUCCACAAUUGGUUUGGGAAUUGUUUUACAAAUUAUUUUUAUUUGGCUUCAUUGUUUCAUUCUUUAUGUUUUAAGUCCGCAUUACAUUUCCAGAUUAAUUUAAUAUGCUUUACUGUAUUAUUCUAUUGUCAACAUGAAUUCAAAAUAAACUAUUUGCCAUCUUUACAUACAGAA